AUGAUUGUGCUGUCACUGCUAGUUUAUGCUGCUCUCCGAACACCUUCAUCUGUGGCUGCUCCUGUUGCCGAUGCAAGAGAACUUAGCGAAAAGGCGAUGUUGGUCGGCAAGUUGAAUUUGCCUCACUCUCAAAGCCUUAAGUGGAAGUACGUUGGAGCAGUGUCAGGCGGAGAAAAAGUCGGCGAGACUUUGCAUACUAUAACACCAAACGGCAUAUGCGUGAUUAUGGACAAAAUCGAAAUCUCCGACUGUUUUACUUACUCUAUCCAUCCACAAACUCCUGCACUUUCGGCUAAGUUUACGAUGAGAUUGAAGCAGGCCAUGAAGCCUGUCAAUCUGACAGUGACUUUAUAUGAGACGAGUCGCUGGAGGACCAAGCUAACUACUCUGGGUCGAGCGGACGUCGACUCGCGAGAAAUGGACGGCGUCCGUAGCCUCCGCGUCGAAAUCCUCCGCAACGCCAAAGGCUGGUUCAAUGCCAUAUGGAAUGCGGAAGCGCCGGUGCUCCGCAUGCUUAAGGUUGAAGUGUUAACGAAUAAUCGUCCAGCUUCCUAUUUCGACUUUUUCUCCGAACCACCCGAGCUGGACUUUUCCUAUGUCGAAGAUGACCGAGUAAGAGUGAAGUGUGACCCCAGAGUGGAGUGCUGUCUCGUGCCACACUACGUCAACUUCACCGAGAUAGGCUGGAACAAAUUCAUUAUGUACCCCGUUGGCUUUUAUGCCAACUACUGCAUCGGUCCAUCUCACGUCACCUGCAGUCACGAAAAUCCAGAAGUUGAGGUUAUACUGAGGUAA